AUGUAAAACAGUUAAUAAUAGGUUAACAUGCCAUAAUCAAGAAUGAUUGGUGACCCUGCCUAAUCAUAAUACUUAUAAAAUUCAAUGGCCUAAGAUCCUCAAUUUUUAAGUUAUUAAAAUUACAGAAACGAAAUUUAAGAAGAAGGAGAAAUUGUAGCUGAAACAGCCAAAUUAAGAAAACUAUAUUUCCUUAUGCUACUUUAAUUCUUUAUAGUAAUUGUGUUUAGUUAUGUAAAUAAAUUAUUAAUUAUCAUAGUUACGAUUAGAGUCAUUAGAGGAUUAUUUUCAAAAGAAUUCUUAUUGGAUAAUUAUUCUUUCAAUUGGAUGUUUUUUGUUAUCUUUAGCUGCUUAUUUUACAAAUCCAGAGAAUACUGUUGUAAAUGUAGUACUCUAUUUACUAUUUACAACAGCCUUAUAUUUCUUUUUUAUUUCAUUAACAGCAAUAACAAAUAUUGAACAAUCUAUGAUGGUAGCUUUCAUGAUUUUUGGAUAAGUAAUAUAUAGAAUUUUAUAAUUGUCAAGAUAUUUUCAUAAUUCUUAUCAGUGAUGCAAAGCAGAAUUGAAAUGUAUUAUCAUUAAUAGUCUUUAUAUGUAUUGGCAGGAGGACUUAUCAUAUUUUAAUUGUUCAUCAUUUAUUCUAUAAUUCCAUUCUUUGAAAUGAUUAUCACCUUAGUUUCAGGAGUUGUAUUUGGGUAAAUUUAUUAAUUUUAUACUAGUUUCUUACUCAUUUAUAGUACUUAAAGUAAUUUAAGUUAAAUUAAAUCUGGUUCUUUGAAUGGAAGUGUUAGAGUUUAUGUUGAUUUACUCAGUGUAUUUUUCUAUUUGAACUCAUUGAUGGCAGAUUUGUUUAGAAAAGAAAAAUAAAUUGAUAAAUGA